CAGACUGCAAUGUCGUGAGAGUCAACUCCGUUUGCAGCAGUAGUUCAAUGUGCAUCUGUGCUGAUGAUUUCAUAGAACGUGAUGGAGCCUGCAUACUGGAAGAGAGUGUUUGCCAAGAACAUGUUCCCAAACUUCCUGAUCUUUACCGCCGAUCUCCGAAGUACACUCUUACUUCGACCGAACCGCCAAUUAGAGACGACCGAUUAAAAGACAUAUGGUACAACAUCGGACCAGCUAUGAUAAGCACCGACGGGAAGCUAACUGGACGUUCACCAGGCACAUGUGGGACAUAUUAUCCGAUUUAUCUCGCAGAAUCUAUAACAAUUAUGGAACAAAACGAAGUCGACUCGGGUAACAAUAUAACAAAACAAGCCGUGAUCGGAGGAUUGCAAGAAUUCGGAAUGUCUUACAACCUUUCUGUCCAGCUGCGAAAGUGUGGAGCGGAGUACCUGGCAAGGCUGCAGGCUCCAUCCGUUGUUUUCGCCGCAUAUUGUUUAGACACUGAUGCGAUGUCGGUCUCUGCUGGCAACUCGACAGACAGAUGGGCGCACCUUAAACAAGAGCUAUCAUUCCGAAUUGAUUUUGAUAACAAUACAUCAACCGAAAUAUACAAGCCAUUAGUUGCCUUCAAUUGCCACCCCUUAGAUAGAUAUUAUAAUACGUAUUAUAACAAGUAUGACGUAAAUUGCGCUGGAUGUAACAGAUACAAUUAUAACACAGAUGGAUUGUUUUAUACAAUUCAUUGGUACGUUAACGGACUUCACUGCAAGACAAUUGGUCCUGUUGAGCGAAGUAGGCUACAGGAGACCGAUUUGAUUGAAAGUGAGAUCAGUGAUGUGUGUGGGCAGAGACAAUUUGGCUUUCAACUUCAAUGUUCGUUCCAAUGGUCUGAGAUGAAGGUCGGAGAAAAAUCAACUCCUGUUUUCAGCCAGCAAAUUCAAACCGGAGUCAAUGCAUGGACUAUUGGUACAUCUACUGCCGGAGAUUUUAUUGUACCGUCCAUCCAUUCAACACCUAUCGGCUGUCAGUCCUCUACGAGUGAUACAGCUGAAACGUGCCUGAUUAAAUGGGACAUAAGCGCUCAUGGGUCGUGUCCGUUUGGUACUGCAAAGGACGUUCCCAAACUGUGUGGUCUGUCAAUUUUGGGGUUUACAAAAUACGGAUUGGAAAAAUCUGGGAUUGGGAAGUAUAUGAUGUUAAUUUUCAACGUCACCUUUAAUGCUGAACUACAGACAAAAACCAUGUUGACUAAUGGCUUUAAAAUAAUAAUAUCGUCGUAUGUUAAUCUUCAAUCCUCAAUUAUGAUUGCAACCUUUGCACCACUGAAGAGCGUUCACGAAUUGUGGAAUGGAUACAAAAUCCCUAACAUGCGGGUAAUGACAACACAUUCAGGUUCUGAUGCCAAAGAAACAAUCCGUAUAGUAUAUGAUCAUGGUGUCGAUACGUCAUUACUUUCUAAGGAAACUUCAGGCGGAAACAAAAUUGUGUUCCCGGUGGAAGAAGCAGGCGAAUUCCUGGUUUUUAAAAGUAGAAAACAUGUCGUAGAGGUCCAUAUUCAAACGGAAAAUUGUUCAAAAGGCGUAUGUGCGUGCGGAAUUAUCAUUCGAAAUGGCAAUGAAAUCUACAUGAACAACAUCUGCAAUGGAAUUACUCGCCAGGGCUUCAUUUACAUUGGACAUGGUGAAGAUGGAAUACUUGAUAAAGAAUACAAAUUUGACAAAUAUGCAAUUGUCAAUGAUUACUUCACUUACUGGCCUAACAAGUAUUGGAUACCAGGAAUAACCCCAGAACAGUUCGAAAUCCGUGAAAGCCACGAGAUAAGCUUGCAAAAUGGAGUUCUCAUAAGCAUCACUCGGCAUUUUGAUACAAACUCUUUAGAACUUCUGAUUAAAAGCAAACCCUAUGUUGAGUCCUUUGAUGAACUUGAUGGAAUUGUUUCGUUCGGAUACAAACUAUUCCGACACAGAGGAGGAUCAUCCGCUGCCGAUUAUCGUGGAUAUGUAAACAGUUGGAGAGUACCAACUAAUGAGAGUCUUCGAAACCCAACUAAUCACAUGGUAUUCGGCGUAAGUGAAACAGUGUACCAAUGCCAUUGUCCAAAAGGCAAUGAAUCGGCGUUGGCCGACGAUAUUCGGCCUACUUAUUCGACGAACUACCGCAACGUCCCCCACGACAACUACCCAGCCUACGAGACAGAUCACGUUCUUGGAGCUAUUAUGUGUUCUUUGCAAGAGCCUUGCCAAGUUCAAGUGGAAGGCCAGAAAUGGCCUAAUUCGACUUUUGUAACGGCUGUUAUAGUCUCCAACGUUACCAUCACACAUACUAACACGCAUUUGAUGUGUUCAUUUCAUCCGGUUGCAGGAAAGAAACACCGAGUUCAAUGGUAUUCCGAAGAGACAAUACUCCUGAAUCAUACAGUUAACGCGACUUCUACAGUGUUUGCCCCCAAAGAUAUAGUCCCUACAUCUGGGUCAGAAUGCAAACUUGACAAAGAGAUUCGGUGUGCCGUUACUGUAUUUGAACCAAAUGGCGUAAACCAAUCUGGACCAGCCUCGUUUAGUGAGCCGGUUUAUUUAAUCCGAGACGGAAUGCUAAAGUCUAUGGUUCCAAAUGUGUGCGUUAUAAACAAGUUUUGCUACUUUGAAUACGAUCAUGAUCCUCUGGAUCAAACAUUCGUCUGUUAUCCUGAAUUGGACCCGUUUUCAUGGAUACGUAACUUGACACUAGCAAGAGUACCCGGCGACUACUGUAUUCUCGGCGAAAGUCACUGUGACAGCGUACCAGGAGUUGCCUACUGCAAUUCCAAUACAAAGGAAUGCACAUGCGCUGACACCUUUGAAGAAACAAACGGUUCCUGUUCACAAAUAGGAUGUACAACGCCAGAAGAAACAGAAACAUGUGUCUCUAUUUCUUUUACGGAAUGCAAUGCCAAUGUUUGCUCCUGUGCACAUUAUGCUGAACUGAAUACCACAAAGGGAAAAUGCGGCUUGAAGAGAAUUGGUAGUAAUUGCACCUCUGAAGUUGAUUGCAAUCAUAUCAAUGGUGCAUUAUGCGAUGACCAAAAAACCAACACAUGCGUAUGUGAUAGGCAGUUUAAAUUGAGUAAUGGCAAAUGUGCACCUAAAGUUCCAGGGGACUCAUGCACACCCGGUGGGGACGACUGUCGAAACAUUAACGGGGACGCAAUCUGCAGCCUAAAGACAAAGCAAUGCAGUUGCACCGACACACGUAAAGUGGUCGGAGGACAUUGUCAUACGAUAUCAUGUACAUUUUCCGAUCCUUCACCUUGCAAACUUAUUUCCAACGGUGAAUGCAGGAAUGGGGUAUGCGCUUGUUCAUUCGCAGCGGUACUCAAUACAACAACAGGGGAAUGCAAGAGCAAAGGAAUUGGAGACACGUGUUAUGUUGACGAAGCCUGUGCCUUUGUGAAGAAUGCCAAAUGUGACUCCGAAAUGAAAAUGUGUGUAUGUGACGACACCAGAAAGGUUGAUGGAAACGCCUGUGUUCCUAGAGUGCCCGGGGAUGCUUGCGAACAAGGCUCAAAGAAUUGCCAGGACAUUUCCGGUGAUUUGUUUUGUGACGCUGUUACGAACGAGUGUUCCUGCGCAAGCACGUAUACAGCUUCUAAUGGCGCGUGUGUACAGAAACGCUGCACUGACGACCUUGGUUGUGGUGGUAUAGCACAUAUAAAAUGCAUCAACACAGCAUGCACCUGUUCGGUAACAUCGGAGCUUAACAGAACAACUGGAUUAUGCGAAAGCAAAGGACUCGGAAGUUCCUGUGUCACCGAUAUUGAAUGUGGGCUGGUCACAGGUGCAAUGUGUGAUAACGCUCAACCGCGUGUUUGUGUUUGUGGUGAAAAGUAUGAGAUGAACGAUGCUGAGUGUAUAUUAAAACAACCAGGAGUUCUAUAUCUCAACAGAGUUGGCAUUUUUGUUGCUCAGUAUAUCGAACAUGACGAACACUUUGCGACUUUCCGAUGUGACUACAGUAUAGAUCAUGGCUUCUAUUACCAGAUACAAUGGUAUCUCGAUGGCGAAAUGAUUAAUUCUACCGACAUAGUAGACUCGUCCAAAGCAUCGGAGGCGUCAGUAUUAAAGGACGUCGAACUCUACGAUUUAAACCCUAUGGUCUUUCAGUUCGACUCAAAGUUGCGUUGCCGAGUAACUGCCUUCAACGAAAGCGGUACAAUUGCAAUUAAGACCGUGGAAAGCAACGAAUUUACACCAAUGAAAAUUUCAUCGAGAUCUCUUACAUUUACUCGAGGACAAAGUGCGUCAUUCACUGUGACACUGUACGUUCCGUUUGGUUGUGGUACACACUCGGAAGACUGUCGACUGCAGUAUCUUCUAUAUGACCCGUCGGACCUCUACGAUUGCAUUGAUUCGACCAUUGCAGUGUUGCACAGCGAUACGUGCGGAGGCCGUAUUAAAGGGUCAACUAAAACUGACAUUGAAACGUUUUCUUUAACAAAACAUGAAACAACUAUAACAAUAGUCGCGAAAAACAACAACAAAUAUAAACUGAAAAGCCAGUUUCAGUUGAAGCUUCAAACAUUCUCGGAUGAUAAUCUAAAGAAUCUUUGGCAAGGGUUUACAACCACAAUUGCAGUACAUGUUACUGAUGGCCAUUCGAUUCAAAACAGUCAUUGUUAUGCUCAUGUCGACCCGCAUAUGAGGACCUUUGAUGGACGCACGUACGAAAACCAAAAUACUGGCGAAUUCAUCCUUGUCCGUCAUAAGAAAUAUCCCAUUGAAGUCGACAUGAUUACACAGCCUUGUUCCAUUGGGGGUUCAAAACCAACAUGUGCUUGCGCCGUAAACGUAAGAGCUGGAGGUGAUAUAUUCACCAUAAACCACUGUAGCGGGCACCUAACGAAAUACCUAUCCGAUAAGGAUGGAGUACUGAUAGUGUACCGGGAAAGUUCUUCGCAAUAUAAGAUAAUACUGCCCACCGGAAUGUCUGUGAACAUAUACUUGACGAUGUGGGGUAAAAACUACUGGAUGAAUGUGGACAUUUAUCCAUCACCACAUGACAUCAAUCAGGUUGAAGGAUUGUGUGGAAAUUAUAACGGCGAUCCAGAAGAUGAUUUUAUCAUGCGAAACAGUGGAACUUUGUUGACACCAAGUUCUGAUAACUCAAAAAUGAUCUGGCCAUGGGGAGUCUACCCGGAUGAAUUUUCUUUUUCAUGGGACCUUACUCACAAAUGGAAGGAGAGCUUGCUUAACCCAGUUGUCUACGAGAACACGUUGCCGUGGAAUCGGAAUCAAACGUUUUGCAUUUGUCCUGGUAUACCAGCAAACAACUUUCAGUCCGUCUGCUCCAAGCACGAGGACGAUUCGUGUAACAAAACUGUUGUGAGACGAGGAACCCUGAUUCCCGGUACCCUAUUCAGAGAUAAGAGAGAAGCGGCUAGUUCAGUUAAGAAACACAGAGUCGAAAGUCAUGUGAAGCAGCGACUCAAUAAAAUGACAAACUCCUGGCAUAAUAAGGUUCUACAUAUACGCAACAAGCGAGAGUCUACGUCAGACCCUGCGAAUAUGAGCUCCGAGGAAGCACGUGCAUAUUGUUCAGAUGCAUUUCUAAGCUGUGCAAGUGUGCAGGCUGCAAAGGAUCAGAUUGAUACGGACCUAAAUAAAACCCUAGAAGACUGUGCAUUUGACAUGGUGAUGACAGGGAAUUCACAGUGGGUUACUGCUCAUUGCGAUGCGCAGACACAGGCACUUCAGAUGGAAAUUCAGAAAAAUGAGACAAUAGCUGAAGUUUUUCCAGACAUAGUCAAAAUUGUGACGGAUAAUUCUUGUCCGUCUAAUUGUAGCAGUAAUGGGAAAUGCGUGUCAGGUACAUGCCAGUGCUUUGACGGUUAUGGGACGGAUCUCUGCCUUAUUGAGCUCUCAAAACCACCUCAGUUGCAAGAACUCGGCACCAAAGGGACUUGUGAUAUCGGCAAAGGAGAUAUUUGUGACUGCAUCCCAAUAGUUGGUGACGGCUUUGUCGAGACCGCCAUUUGUAACGUGACCGUAUAUGAGACGAAUGAAAAAAAUGUCUUCACAAUGUCAAAAGCGUUAAGCCGUUCAUGCAAAUAAGACAACCUCAACGAAAUAUGCGCACCUGUGCAGGAUGUCAAACGAAGACGUAAGAGGUCGAAAAAAACGAUCUUCGCAACCAUGUAUCAGAUUUCCGUCAGCAAUGAUGCAAUACACUUUUGCAGCCCGUCUAAAGUUAUUGUUUUGGAUGGCACAUGUCAAGACUCUUUCGUAGAUUCCGCUGGAGACACAGUCAUGAUUUUGAAACAUGGGUACUGUUACAUCGAGGGCAGAUGUGUUUUGGAAGCGACAACUGGAGAUGAUUCGUGCACGGAAUGCAAACCUGCGUCCGCUACAUUUGAGUGGACAAACGUGUGCCAUGGAAGCAGUAAACACGAGAAACCAAACAUGUUAGGCAUCGCAAUCGGUAUUCCUGUCGGAAUAUUGGUGCUCCUUGGAGUAAUACUCGUUAGUGUUCUGGUGGCGAAGAAACAAAUGCAAAACAGAACCGUUCAAGCAAGGGUUGAUGUCGGUCUUUAUGAUUCUACUGCUUCCAACAAGACGUUACAGCUGCGUGAAGACCAUGAUUUGUUUAAAAACACGGUUGAACCCAUGCAUAUUGAUGGCGAUGGAUUCCAAUUGGAAUUGCCAGAAGAGCAAGGGAGGAGUCCAACUAGUGCUUCAACGUCAAGAACAUGAACGACCUGUCAAAUCUAAAAAAAGGUCGGAAACAACUCAAACGAAUACCAUUAUUGGAUGGCCAGUAACAGCUUGGUCGAAUUCCACAAUUCAAAGGAUGACUCAUAACAAUUAUAGAAACGUCAAUUUAAGCUUAGAACCUAUUUGGUUUAUGGAUAUUUAUUUUCCAAAUAUAAAACACAUUUAUAUCGGAAUGUGUCAAUUAUAAGUAAAACAUUUACGUGUUAAGUUUAUGAUACUACAGAGACUGAACAGAGAAGUAUUUAUUAUAAAUGAUACAGUUACACUCAAUACAUGUAUAUGAUAUCAUGUUUGAGAUUUGUUAAUAUUAUGAGUUAUUAUUGCAGUGGAUAGUUUGUCUUAAAUAAACGUCUUUAAUGAAAAAAUAUACAAAGUAGCACGUUCAAUCUAGAAGUAGGCAUGUAAAAUAGCGUUGCCAUUGUUUAUUUGUUAUAUUAUAUAUUGGUUUUGUUUUUUUGGUGUGUUUUUUUUUCGUUUUGUAGAUGUGCCUUUAUUUUUGUUUUCGAUAUGUGUCUUGUUGUUUUAUCCUUUUUUAAAUUUGACAUUUUCCUACGAUAAAUGAUGCUUUAGUAUUCCGACUCCUGUUUAAACAGACUUGAUAAUUAAACUGAUAUAUCCGGAUAUCUCGUACAAGCAUGCACUUUAUAUUCAAAACGGUUCCGUUAUUUUCACAAAACAACAACAUUCUGUACAAAGUAGAUUUGCUUACUAACUUUCACGUACUAAAAUGUUGUUAAUAGUUGGUAAAUAAUAACAAUAACCAUGCAUAUAAGCUUAGGACAAGCGAUGUACCAAAUGCACCAUGAUACUAUCUUAAACCGUGUAUAUUUGGUUUGCAGAUAUAAAUUACAUUUAUUUAGUUUAAACAUAUUUGUUUAAGCUCGAUUGCGUAGAAAGUACUUUCUGCUUAUUUGAAACGCUCUCGAGUCCGUUUUCUGGGCCUAAACCAGUACUUGGUGUCUUUGGAGGAGAUCGAAAAAACGCUCCCACAAUUGGAUUACAUAACAUUUAUUUAAAGUUAUAUCGGAAGGUGUCAAUAUAAUUUGAAACAUUUACGUGUUGAGAUCUUAAUAUAACACAGAUUGAACAGACAAGUAUGUUUUAUACAUAAUACAGUAACACAAAAUGUUACAUAUCAUGUUUAAGAUGUGUUAAUAUUAUGAGUUAAAAUUGCAGUGGAUAGUGUGUCUUAAAUAAUCGUCUUUAAUGAAAACAUUUAAAUACAUAACACGUUUAAUUUAGAAGUAGGCAUGUACAAUAGCCGUGACAUUGUUUUUUUUAAAUUAUAUAUUUGUUGUUUUGAUUUUUUUGUUUUGUAGAUGUGCCUUUAUUUUAGUUUUCGAUUUGUGUGAGUGCACUUUAUAUUCCAAACGGUUCCGUUUUUUACAGAACAAAAACAUACUGUACAUAGUAGAUUUGCAUUCAAACUGUAUUUUAAUAAUGCUGUCAUCUUAACAUUUAAACAAUUAAUCCAGAUAACUGGAAAACGGAUGUUUUAUUUUGUGGGUUAUAUAAUUUUACCGUUUAAUUAUUUGUAUUUUCCAAUUUAAGUAAUAGUAUUUCAGUCCCACGUAUUGUAUGUACAAGCUUAGCGAUAAACCGGUAAUAAUUGAACAUGUCUCUAUGGCUAAUUAUUGGUAUUCUUAAAUCAAUCUACGGGAAAAGGGUGAAAGAAAUUAUUAUACGUCAAAUACAUUCACUUUGUUAUAUUUCACCUUAAUGAAGAUACCGGUUUGUCUUGUUGUUGUUUUUAAUAAUUAAAUUAGUUUCCUUUAAAACGUUUCAAUACUUUCAUGCGUUAUUGUGAAUUUUGACAUUCAUGUCUGUUAACAUG